CCACUCUCCCUCUCUCUCUGUCCCCACCCUCUGUUAGUUUCCCCGCCCUCCCUCCCUCCCUCUGUCUGUCCCCACCCCCUGUUAGUUUCUCCUCCCUCUCUCUCCCUCCCUCCCUCUCUCUCUCUCUCUCUGUGCGGAGGUUGCUGUACGCUCUGACCCGGAUCUCUCCUUCCUGCUCUGGGGCAGAUACCGCUCCCUGCUCCCGAGGCUGUUGGAAAACCAUGGGAAAAGGCUGCAUUAAAGCCACUAAGUACUUUCUGUUCCUCUUCAAUCUCCUGUUCUUCAUUCUUGGAGCUGUUAUCCUCGGCUUUGGUCUCUGGAUUCUCCUGGAUAAGACCAGCUUCAUUGCAGUUGUACAGUCCUCAUCGUCUGCAUUGAAAAUUGGGUCAUACAUCUUGCUGGGAGUGGGCUCUGUGACCAUGCUGAUGGGAUUCCUCGGCUGCCUAGGAGCAGUGAAUGAAGUCAGAUGUCUGUUAGGAUUGUAUUUUACCUGCUUACUGCUGAUCCUGAUCGCUCAGAUUACAGCAGGGAUCCUGAUCUACUUCCAGAGAGACGCGCUCCGAUCGGAAAUAUCUGACAUUAUCCAUAAUGUGAUCGUUAGCUACAACCCAAACACCGAGGAACAGACAGAGGAGAGUUUCGGGAAAACGUGGGAAUACAUCCAAGACACACUGAGGUGUUGUGGUUGGGUGAGUCCCUCAAACUGGACGGAGAAUAGAAUCAUCCGGAACAUCUCCGAGACCGUCUUCCCGUGUUCUUGUUAUCAAAACAAAACAAGGCAUGAGUCUGGAUUCUGUCAGGGAGAACAGUCCCUGACCCGAGCGGGCUGCAUGUCCAACGUUGAGGAAUGGCUCUAUCAGAACAUCGGCAUUAUCCUGGGGGUGUGCGUUGGAGUUGCUGUCACAGAGUUGCUUGGAUUGAUCCUGUCAAUGUAUCUGUGCAAGAAUGUGGAAGAAGACUAUCUCAAAGUCCCUAAGUACUGACGUACCUGAGCUGCUCUCUGUCCUCCCGCCAAUGGCACAUCCAGAUGUGUUUGGGAUACAUCAGCAUCCAAUCAUAAUCCAAUGAAUUUGCUGAAUUUAUGUAUUUGCUUCACUGCUUGCCAACUUUGCCUUAUAAAUCUAAGCACUUUAGGUCUAAACUGUUGAUCAGUAUACAUUUUGUAAAGAUAACGUUUUCUACUUUACAGAACUUUUAGCAUGGUAUCUUCUUAAGGAGCUGUUGUCAUCAUGAUAUGAGCAUUAAAAUGAUGAUUACCCCAAGGUUUUGUUAAGAGUCUGUAUGAGAAAGCUGGGGCUAGAGUGAUGGGACGUGCCUUUGGCAUGUGUGCGGUACGAUGUAAAACUGAUUCCUUCUCCAGUCAGAGAGAAAGUUUGUUGAGCUGAUGGCUCUGUUCCUCCCAGUUGGCCCAAUGAAUCACUCUUUUGUACAACACCAAGUUUCUCUUGAAGUUUUUAAAGUAUGUUGAAUCAUUACAUUGAAAAUGUAACACAAACUGUAGGUCUGUUCAGAUCUUCCAAACUCAAUAAAUAUGUUUCAAAAAACCAAA